AUGGGAGUUAGAGUGAGAUUGGGGAAAAGUGGGCACCUAAAGUCGGAGGCGCGCUGCAGGGAGUGUGAAGAGCCGGAAACCAUAAAUAGAAUUUGUAACAGAAACGAUUCAGCGUUCACAAGAAUCAACCCCGAUUUCACUAGUAUUCUCCCAGCAAUCGAAGAUUCAGAGGAGAGGUCAUUCAUAAUGGGCUGUGUUAAAUCAUCGGCUUAUGAUGAUGCUGGACUUGCCCAUUUUAAUCGAGUAAGAAAACCAAGGCCAUGGAAUCAUGAUGCUGACAUUACUUUGGAACAACUCCGAGAUAUGCGCAAUGUAUUUUGGCGUAAUAUUCCCCGUUUCGGUGGCCAACUAGAGAUCUGGCAAGCGCUUCGAAGGGCUGCAGAAAGUGACUUGCCGUAUGCACAAGCAAUUAUUGAUGAAAAUCGCAUUAGACUUGUGAAUCGUGACAUGUCAAUUUGCUAUGAUGAAUUAAAUAUUAGAUAUGAGUUACCUUUGUAUGUUUUGAGUGAGCCUGAAAAUUUACUUGAUCGCCCUCGGCCAGAUCGGGUCAGGCGACCAAGUAUGAUGGAUCGUCUUCGUCGCCAAGCAUAA